AUGUUCUUCAUCUGUUACUCAACGUACGGUUCGAUGAGUCUAUUUGAAGAGUUGUGUCCUUACCUGGCAUCUGCAUAUUAUUUGGGUACACCUGAUGAUUUCGAGCGUGAGAAUUAUCCAUAUAUCACAAGAACCGAGAAAGAUGAGCCUCAGUAUACAAUUGAGCAAGAAAUCUCCAUACAAACGAACAAAUCGAAGAAAGCGAGUCCGGUUGAUCUGAAUGGACAUAGUUUCGUUAAGGAGCCAGAGACCAGUGGGGAUUUACUCGGGAGGCUGUCUCGGAAAUCCCUUGAAGGCUACAACGAGGAGGAGAAUACAAAGUAUGGAUUUGGCAAGGUUGUCAAAGCCAACUUUCACUCGGUUAAUGGGUACAUGUUUUUCAUCACCUUUGAAGUUAUGGAUCCUUAUGAUAACCUGCCAAAACUCUUCCAAACUAGGGUCCACUACUCUUCACAUCGGCCGUCCACAUAUUACUUUUGCAGGCCUAAACCUGAUCUAAAAGUUUUUGUCCCAUUGUUUUUAGAAAAUAUGUCACACCCAGGAUUAAACUAUUAG